AUGUCUUCUUCCCUGCCUCCUGUCUACAUCGUCUCGACCGCCCGCACACCUGUGGGCUCGUUCCUGGGCUCACUGUCCAGUCUGACGGCCCCGCAGCUAGGUUCCCAUGCGAUCAAAGCGGCUGUGGACCGGGCUGAGGGUAUCAAUGCCACCGACGUUGAGGAGGUCUUCUUUGGCAAUGUCCUUUCGGCCAACGUCGGCCAGAACCCUGCCCGGCAAUGCGCUAUCGGUGCUGGGCUUCAGGACUCCACCGUCUGCACCACAGUGAACAAGGUGUGCGCAUCUGGUCUUAAGGCUGUCAUCCUCGGUGCCCAGACUAUCAUGACCGGCAACGCCGACGUUGUUGUGGCCGGUGGCACCGAAUCCAUGUCCAACACCCCCCACUACCUGCCCAACAUGCGCUCCGGCGCCAAAUACGGCCACCAGAGUCUAGUGGAUGGUAUCAUGAAGGACGGCCUGAUGGAUGCCUACGGUAAGCAGGAGCUUAUGGGCCUGCAGGCCGAGGAGUGUGCGCAGGAUCAUGGAUUCAACCGUGAGCAGCAGGAUGAGUAUGCCAUCCGCUCCUACGAGAAGGCCCAGGCCGCGCAAAAGGCUGGCCUUUUCGAUUACGAGAUUGCGCCCAUCGAGAUUCCCGGAUUCAGGGGCAAGCCUGGCGUAACUAUUUCUCAGGAUGACGAGCCGAAGAAUCUUAACCCCGACAAGCUUCGCGGCAUGAAACCGGCUUUUAUCCCCGGUACUGGUACUGUGACCGCGCCGAAUUCGUCACCGCUGAACGAUGGUGCCUCCGCCGUGGUCUUGGUAUCCGAGGCCAAGGUCAAGGAGCUUAACCUGAAGCCCAUUGCCAAAAUCCUGGGCUGGGGUGAUGCUGCUCAAAAGCCCAGCAAGUUCACAACCGCCCCUGCCCUGGCGAUCCCCAAGGCUUUGAAGCACGCAGGAGUGACCCAGGAUGCCAUUGACGCCUUUGAGAUCAACGAAGCCUUCAGUGUGGUGGCACUGGCCAACCUGAAGCUCCUCGGUCUCUCAGAGGACAAGGUCAAUAUCCACGGCGGUGCUGUGGCGAUUGGUCACCCUCUCGGAGCCAGUGGUGCUCGCAUCCUGGCCACCUUGAUCGGAGUCCUGAAGGACAAGAAGGGCAAGCUGGGCUGUGUUGGGAUUUGCAAUGGCGGCGGCGGCGCGAGUGCCCUGGUGAUUGAGUCUCUGCUGUAA